UAAAGGGGUGACGUCAGACAACAUGUUUGCCCUGCGUACUGACCUACUUUUGCUCCAUAAUAUAGCCUAAUCUGCAGUCUACAGCUCUCCGGAAGGAAUGGCUAGGAAAAAAAGAACCUUGAUUUGCCAGAGAAAGAAAUAUCAUUAUAAAAAGAGGAAGAUAACAGAAGAAAAUUGCCAGGUUAAAAAAGGAAUCCUUCAGGAACAUGGAUAUAGUGCGCCACAAGGACUUCAAACUGUUGUAGAAAUGGAGAAGUCGGACCCACAGGGAGGCUGGAAUUAUCAAUGUAGUGUUCCCAGUCAAAUAAUCAAACAAGAAAAGGAUGAAUGUGAUGCACAGGUAGACGGAGAACAUGUAAAUAAUGUCCCAGAAGAACUAGAAGAAAGAGUGAAAUGUGAAUCCCAAGUAAACUGGUACACCCUCACAACAACUGAAUUACAGACUAAUGAAGAAUCUACCGAUACUGAAUUCAACCAUGUUCAACUCUCUCAGCCAAGUGUCGAGAUAGAGACCAAAGUCACUCCACUACAAAUCCUUUAUGACAACCUGCAUGGAAGUGAUUUCCUUAAAAUGCUUUACUUUUUAGACUUUAAUGAUGAUGCUAUAAAUAUCAUAGAAAUGUACCGCAGUUCUCCAGCGAGAACGGGUGUCAAACUUUCCGUCCUUAUCGAUACAGAGUUUCAUGCCCGUCUUUUUGUGCACAGGAGAGAAUUGUCAAAAACUCAUCCAUGCUGGGUUGGUAUGCCCAGUGAGUUUUCAACAGUGACCUUGGUAGAAGACCUAAUGAGAAGAAUAAGUUCGUUUUCUGUUUGUUUUGGAAAUCCUGAUGAGGAAUUUCAUAGCAUUGUGCCAGUGGACGGUUCCGUCAAGAGUGGGGUUACCACGGGUAAUAAUGACAUAGUGGCUUUCCGAGAAGGAGAUUUUUGUGCCAUCUUGGGGGAUGUUUCAUAUAGCUCGUGCAUCCGGUCUGUAAACUGCCCUUUACUGGUGCAAAAUAGCAGGUGCAAGCCUUGCCAAAGAAUUCGUCAUAAGCUCAGAAUGAGAAAAUCAAGAGAGACAGAGAGAGCUAUGAAUGCGAAAGAUAAAAAUUAUCUGAACAGCACUGAUUCCCAUAAAAUAAUGAGUAGGACGGAGUUGAUCGCUAAGUUAGAACAGCAGAGAAAGAAAAUAAAAUCAUUGUCCAGUGAAGUAGAGAAACUGAAGAAAACGUGCAACAAUGGAAGAGUGUGAAAUAUUUCAGAAAAGGACCUGAAUAAUAUUUUUAUAGCCCACCCUGUGCGCCCCUUAUUGAAUUCAAAGCAGACUUUCAUUUAAAAAGUUUUUUGUAUUGAUUGAACUUCAGUAUCCAUAGAUGCUCAGUAGAAGAAGCAAACUUGAACAAAAUUUUAUAGUUGAUAUAAUCUGGGACAUUGCAAAGCUAUAUUUUUCUUCAAAAGUCAAUGAUGCAUUGAUUGAAAGCCUUUCUUAUUUUAAAAGAUACAUUUUUAACAGCUAAUGAGUGAGAGAUGUAAUUAUGCCAUAAGUCAUAUCCUGUGUCUUUCUAUCGCAUGCAGCCAUGAUGCAGGUGUAACGUACAUGUUGUUCCAAAGUUGUACCUUUGUCUGAGUAAUGCUAUAAAAAGAUCAUUUUAUAUUACACAUGUACCAUAUG